GUUAUGUUAUUUUUGGUUUCGUUUUGCUGUGACUUUGUCCGCUGGUUGUUGCUGGUCCGGGGCUGGGAUGCGAGCUGGGCUCUGGAGGCUGGUGAGUGCGGAGCGCAAUCAGCAAAACCCUGCGCUGCAUUAGCGGAGAUCCAGCUCCCUCAGCAUCUUGGUCAUUGUUCUGCUGCCCCUUCCGUUCUGCAAGCUUCAUUUCCCUGUUACUGCUCCCCUCCUGCAAUUCUUCAGGACGAAUUGGUUCUAAUUAAUUAACAAUAUCCCCCACCCCACCCCCCAAUUCAAUUAAAAAACGUGGAUUGAUAAAGAAAAGCAAAAUCCAGCGGAUACUGAGAACCUGAAAUUAACACAGCAGGGGUAGGAAAUACUCAGCAGACCAGACAUCAUCUCUGGAGAGAGAGGAAAACAGAGAUAACUGUUCAGGUUAAGAAUUUAAUUACGAUGGGGGAGAAACACUCUAAGCCCAAACCCCACGUUGAUUGUGGUAAUUUCCCAUUCCUUAAUGACAACAACACCGUCCAGCUCAUUAAAGAAGCCCACACCUUCUUCAUUCUACGCGGUCUGCCAGGGAGCGGCAAGUCUACCAUUGGCAGCAAGAUCUCAGAAACCUACCAAGCAUCCAUUGCUUGUGCUUUUGCUGACCCUUUGGGGAUUUCUCCCAUGGUGGAGGAGGCUGAAUCCAGCGACAGUUGGUACGCCAAGGUGGAUGAGAAAAUUCAAGAGGGCUUGAAGGAAAUGAGAAAGGUCAUCGUGGUUGACGACAACCAUCACAAUGCGGAGCGUCUGACCUACCUCAUUGAUCUAGCCAGAGACAAUGACUAUAUUGUCCUCAUUGUCACCCCUAAGACCGAGUGGAAAGACAACUGCGAGAUGCUUGCGAAAAAAAACCAGUGGAAACUGUCUGUGAAGCAGCUGGACACCAUAAAGCAGGGUUUCCAGGAACACAUCAUACCAUACUACUUCGGCUGGUUCUUGUUGAGGAAGAGUGCCAAGGAGAUGCGUGAGAAGGCGGAGGGUUUCCUGAAUCUGCUCAGCAGUAAUGACGAGUUUUUAGAAGAGUUCAGAACAAAUGUGCAAUGGCAUUCAGAAGAGGAAUUCAACAUCCAGGAAUAUUUCCAGAAGAGGCCAAGUGUGCUGCAUUGUACAACAAAAUUCUGUGGCUAUGGAACAGUCCCAGACUGUGAAUUGUACUCUUCCAGUAAGGCUGUGGCAGAAAAUUAUGGGAAGGCCUUCACACUGAACGUGACAGCGCUGUUUGUCACACCCAGAACAGUGGGAGCCCGUGUUCUACUGGACACAGAUCAGAAACUACUGUGGCCAAGGAAGGAACUGUGUGAAGAUGGCAGUGACAGCGAGGAAAAGACAGACCUGCCAUUUGGCAGCAGGUCCCACAUCACCUUGGCCUGCGCUCCCGGAGUGAAGUCGCUUCAGACGGGAUUAGACCUGCUCAAAAUUUUAAAGCUCAUGAAGGCCGGCAAUAAACCAGAGCAACAACUGGAGACAGCAGAAGGUUUGCUUUGCUGCUAUGGCGAGGGGAGGUGGAUUGUCGAUCUGACCAAGCCGGUUGAAGUGAAGACCCUUUUUUCUGGUUUUUACCCAAAAAAGAAGCCCACUACUGAGUCAGAGGGGAAUUAGAAAGAAACAAAAUGUGAACCAGAUUGUGAGACGUGAAAAGUUUUAACUGGAUUACAGUAAAAGUUAAAAUAGAUGGUAGUGUGUAGAUAACUGUGACCACAUCCAAGCACAUUAAGGGUACUUAUUUUAACCAAAGGUGACAAUUUCCUAUAUUUCUCAAUUUUUUUAUGAUUGUAGUUGUUGUUCAGGUAGGACAUUUUCUUGCUUCAGCUAUAAUGGCUUGUUAUGAUUCAGUAUGACUAAUACUAACAGUUGGCCUAGUGUUUAGUACUUAAUCUUGUUUGCUUUCAGAUGAGAUCAGGUUAUUAUGGAACCAGCGUUAAGACUACUGUAGCAUGCAGGUGCUAUAAUGUGUUUGUGCCUAAGUUUUUCUGUGCCAGCUCACGCAAGAAGUGUAGAUAAGGUGAGAGUUUCUGCCUAUUGUGGGAAUCCACCCGAUCAAUUAUUGAAAAUGCUAGCUUACUUUAAAUAUGCAGCUUUUUGUUUUAAUUGUUCUGAGUGGUUCUGUCAUGUUGCUUUCUCAAAGAUGUAACUCCAGAGUUUCAAUAAAGGAGAUGGAACCAUC